AGUAAACAGUUGACGAUCAUCUGGAUAAUAGUAUUAUGCAUAAAAGCAUGCGUCAUAUUUCAUUUUCAUUAUGAACGUAUUUUAUGAUGUUUGUUUACUCUUGAUUUAGUGAAAUCGAUUUAAUUAAUUAUCUAUAAUUUAAUUAGACUUCAUCGGCUGUGUUGAUAUCGUUCGGUUAUUGUUUAAAUGGUUGCGAUUAUCAACUAAAGUACCUAGUUAUUCUUGUUAAAAACAAAUUAUUCUAUUUCGAGAGUAGUUUCUCGUCAACUAUUGUGUGACUAAUUUUAUUUUCUUCGUGUAAGUUUCUUCAAACUAACUUCUUAAAAUAUCAUGAUAGACAUAUUUUAGUUUAUUAAUUAUCAAUGUAGUUUUGUCUGGAAUUUUCCUACAUUUACUAUCAGAUUAAUAUAAAAUCAUAAUGGUUUAUCCAUUGCAAUAUUACCGUAGAGAAAUGUUAGAAGCGUAUGUACGUUUCCAAAAUAAUACAGAUUAUAAUGUUGAAGUAAUUUGGAUAAAAGACAAAAAAGAAGAGAAAUAUAGUAUAUUGCCACCUAAAUCAUUUUUGGAUGUGAAUACAUAUUCUUUACAUUCAUGGAUCUUCAGAGAAUAUUUAUUAAAAUCUCCAAUGAGUGUUGCUGGUAAAGAAAUAUUUAAAGCCAGUCCUUGGCUUAAAGAAUAUCAGCGCCUUUCAUUUAGUCAUCCAAUCACUUCACCAUUGAGAACAACUGUUCCAAUUGAUGCACCAGUUUUGGAUUUACGACAACUAUGCCUAUUAAAGGUGGUAGAUAUGUUGAAAUCAAAAAAUGAUGUAAACGAAUUAGAAUUACCUAGAACACUUCAAAAAGAAUUAGCACAAAUGAUUUCAAAUAGAAAUGAAUUGCCUUAUUUUGUUUAGUUGAAACAUGCUAUUUAUUCAAUUAAUGUAAAUUCUAGUAUUUGGUUUAUGUGCAUUUUGGUUAACUAUACUUGUUAAACAUUUUUAAUUAUGUUAUAUUUUCCAUUGAUAUUGUAAAUAAUGUUUUUAAAAAUGUGUAUUAUUA